CAAAAACCAAAGGCUUUUUAGGUUCAUUUUUAAUUUCACAGUCUUCUUCACAUCCACUCAUCAUCAUUGCUCUCCGGCGAGAAGACACCGCGACUGACGAUAACACUUCGCCGUCACUCUCUCUCUCUAAUCGCCAGCGAUGGAGAGCUUCGCACUUCACUCUCUCUCCACCACCGCCACUUCCGCUUCCUUCUCCCAUCACCCCUCACGCCUCUCCCUUCUCCGCCGUUUCUCAUCGAGAUCUCUGCCUUCAACCAUCUCUCUCCCUUCUCUCCCAUCUAUCCGAUCUCACUCCGUUCAACCUCUCAAUUUUCCUCUCCUCAAACCAAUUCCCCGUUUCUCCACACGAAUAGCCGCCGCACCACGAGACGACGCUCCUCCUCCUCCUACGCCUUCCGAAUCUCCGUCUCCUCAACCGCUUCAAGGGGCGAAACUAGUUCCUCUGAUUCUCUCCGUCUCCGUCGGUCUAAUCCUCCGAUUCGCUGUUUCAGUACCGGAAGGAGUCACGCCGCAAGGCUGGCAGCUUCUCUCGAUCUUCCUCUCCACAAUCGCUGGCCUCGUCCUUAGCCCUCUUCCAGUCGGAGCUUGGGCUUUUAUCGGACUCACCGCUUCGAUUGUCACGAGAACGCUCUCCUUCUCAGCCGCUUUCUCGGCCUUCACCAGCGAGGUCAUCUGGCUCAUCGUCAUCUCCUUCUUCUUUGCUCGUGGAUUCGUCAAGACAGGUCUCGGCGACAGAAUCGCCACUUACUUCGUGAAAUGGCUUGGGAAGAGCACCUUGGGUUUGUCUUACGGGCUUACGCUUAGCGAGGCCUUGAUCGCUCCUGCAAUGCCCAGCACGACGGCUAGAGCUGGCGGCAUUUUCUUGCCCAUCAUCAAGUCUCUUUCCCUCUCGGCUGGAAGUAAACCGGGAGAUUCUUCGUCGAGGAAAUUAGGGUCUUACCUGAUCCAGUCCCAGUUCCAGUGCGCCGGAAACUCGAGUGCUCUUUUCUUGACCGCCGCUGCUCAGAAUUUGCUGUGCCUCAAGUUAGCUGAGGAGCUUGGAGUAGUGAUCGCAAACCCGUGGGUUUCUUGGUUUAAGGCCGCUAGUUUACCCGCAAUCAUAUCGCUUCUCUGCACUCCACUUAUCCUCUAUAAGCUUUAUCCUCCAGAGACCAAGGACACACCUGAGGCUCCUGGUAUUGCUGCAUUGAAACUCAAGCAGAUGGGUCCUGUCACUAAAAACGAGUGGAUCAUGGUCGGUACAAUGCUUCUUGCUGUCACUCUUUGGAUCUGCGGAGAGACUCUCGGGAUACCAAGUGUUGUAGCUGCCAUGAUCGGUCUCUCCAUACUUCUUCUGCUUGGUGUACUUAAUUGGGACGAUUGCCUAAGCGAAAAAUCAGCAUGGGACACAUUAGCUUGGUUCGCUGUCUUGGUUGGAAUGGCAGGACAGCUCACAAACCUCGGCGUAGUAACGUGGAUGUCUGAUUGUGUAGCCAAAGUUCUCCAAUCUCUGUCCUUGAGCUGGCCUGCUGCGUUUGGGCUUCUCCAAGCGGCUUACUUCUUCAUUCACUACCUUUUCGCAAGCCAAACAGGUCAUGUUGGAGCUCUCUUCUCGGCUUUCCUAGCUAUGAAUAUAGCAGCAGGUGUUCCAGGCAUACUUGCUGCACUCGCUUUAGCUUACAACACCAAUCUCUUUGGCGCUUUGACUCACUACAGCAGCGGUCAAGCCGCUGUCUACUAUGGAGCGGGUUAUGUUGAUCUACCUGAUGUAUUCAAGAUUGGAUUCGUGAUGGCUACCAUUAAUGCGAUCAUCUGGGGAGUAGUGGGAACUUUCUGGUGGAAAUUUUUGGGUCUCUAUUGAGAGCUUAAAUGAAAAAUCACCGCAAGAAGUUGUUGUUGAAGACGGUAACAGUUUCCUUGUUGAUCAUUUGGUGUCAGAGGGAGUUUUUUCUCCUUUUAAAUUUACUUGCAAUUAGAGGGAAUCGGACAAUCUUUCUCACGUAGAUAUACAGAGGAUCUGUCCCCAUUUGUUUCUCCCUUAUGAAAUAUCGUACUUUUCAGAAAAAAAAGAAAGUUUAACAAACAAGAUGAACUAUUACACACUGAAAAUUCUUAAAAGUGAUGAAAAUGAAAGGUGUUUAACAA